CCAGAGGAGAUCGGAGACAGACAGACGGGCGCACCAGCUCAUCGCACUUGUACCUCAUUUAGGACUUCACGCAAGCGGUUGACCAGGGGCUGUCCUUUCCCCGUUUGCAUAUUUGGUCAGGGAAUUUAAGAAGAGAAAUGGACUUCAUCCUGCCACCCACUCUGCCAGCUGGUGGUAUCCCAUGGGAGAAGGUUUUGCCACCUCUUAUUCCUCGGCUGAAUGGGACUUAUGGACAAUAUAAGUGGUCUCCUAAGUUACUAAUGCCAGAGACUGAGAACAACAGCUCUGCAGAGGUGAACUGUGAUGACAGCGGUUUUACAGUUCAAGUGGAUGUAAAGGACUUCAACCCAGAGGACCUAAUGGUCAAGGUGAUCGGUGACUUUGUUGAAGUGCAAGGAAAGCAUGAAGAGAAAAAGGAUGGUUCGGGGUUUACAACGCGGCAGUUUAACCGGCGCUACAGAAUCCCAAAGGGCGUGGACACCAUGGCUUUGGAGUCAGCGGUCUCUCCAGAUGGCAUCCUUGUCAUAUCUGCACCGAUGCUGCAAACCGAGAACUCCAGAAUCCUGACCUGAUCGCAUUAAUACCAAACACUCUAAUCUCUGCCAUCUUCACCAUGUAUGACAAAAAAACAAAUGCAACACAAGCCUUUAUGAACACACACAGGCAUAAACAGAAAUAACUUUAGGCUCCUCCAGUCACAGCAACACUCAGCAUGUGCCAAGACACUCUGUUCCUGGCACUGUUUUAAUAUUCCCUGCUCUCUGAGGUUUGUAUAUACUGCCCUACUGUUACUCAGCAAUCUUAUAUAAUGUUUCAAGGAACCAGUCUUUGUAAAUAUUCUGUGUUCACAGGUCUGCUUUUUUUGUGCAACUUUUGUAAAAUGCACUGUUUUGUGAUUGUGAUUAAUGAUGCACACAUACAUAUCGCCAAACUCUUUAAUGUGGAAAUAUUUCUUUCAAAAAUAAACUUUAUUUCUUUAUAAAAUAAAAAAAGUGACUACA